AUCUUCAAACACCUACCAACAGUAGCCUUACAAAACUAGCACCGAUUGUAUUUUGCACAAGUUGAAAUGCGUAAAAAUUCAAAUCUUAGUAAAAACCAGUUAGAUGUUAAUUUAAGUUAUACAUAGUAUACCGUACGUCGUACUUGGUAAGGUGGCGUAUAAAGAGUAUAACCUUGCCACAUCUUUUCAUAUUUUAGUUUUUAGAACAUAGUAUAUAGGUUUAGUAUUCUCAAAUGCAGCAGAGAAGAGAAACAUCUCUUUCAAGGAAGAAGAUUCAAGUCUCGUUUGUAAUUCGUGAUGCUGUGGAAAAAUACAAUCGUUCUGGCGUAAAUGCACUGCAGGUCGACCCGUCUAUAAACCGUUUGUACACGGCAGGUCGAGACUCUAUUAUUCGAAUAUGGAAUAUUAAUGAACCUGAAAGAAAAGAGACGGACCAUUAUGUGGGCUCAAUGGAGCAUCAUACUGACUGGGUAAACGACAUUGUUCUGUGUUGCAAUGGCAGGACAUUAAUUUCUGCGUCAUCUGAUACAACUGUAAAAGUGUGGAAUGCCCAUCGAGGGUUUUGUAUGUCUACCUUACGCACGCAUAAAGAUUAUGUACAGUCUUUGGCUUAUGCUAAGCAUAAGGAGCAUGUGGCUAGUGCCGGCCUUGAUAGGCAGAUAUUUAUUUGGGAUGUGAAUACCUUGACUGCUUUGACCACUACAAGAAAUACAGUGACCACAUCAAAUGUGAAUGGUUGUAAAAAUUCAAUAUACAGUGUUGCAAUGAAUGAUGCUGGAACAGUUCUUGUGGCUGGGUCCACUGAACGUGCUCUGAGGGUCUGGGAUCCUCGGACAUGCGAAAAGCGAAUGAAGCUUCGUGGCCACACAGAUAAUGUAAAGGCAAUAUGGAUUAACAGGGAGGGAACACAGGUCCUUUCCGGUAGUUCUGACGGCUCAGUAAAGCUGUGGUCCCUUGGUCAGCAAAGGUGCAUUGCCACUUUGCGCGUACAUAAUGAGGGUAUAUGGACUUUAGCUGCGACUCAAAGUGGAAGCACUUUCGGAAAUAUUUUCUCAUCUGGUCGAGAUGGUCAAGUGAUAUGCACAGACAUGCAAGAUCCCAACUUUGCACAUUACCUUGUGUGUCAGGAGACUGCUUCUGUUGCGCAGCUACAAUUAGAUGGUAAAGAAACUCCAGAGCUUAUUUACUGUGCCACAACUAAUACUCAUGUCAAUGCUUGGAAAAUAAAACAAAGUGAUAUAGAAAAUGACGCAGAAAUGGCUGAGACAUUCAGUGAUAGUUUUUUCCAGUUUAAGCAACCUUAUUCCACCCAACCUUCCUAUGUUGUGCCCGGUGGAUCAGGCAUCACUCAAUACAAAGUCAUGCCCGACAAGAGACACAUUUUGACGCAAAACACAGAAGAUCGAGUUGCCCUUUGGGAUGUUCUCACUGCAUCCUGUGUGAAGGAUAUAGGUCUAGCAGAUUUUGAGAGCGAAGUCAAAAAGAGGGAACAAAUGGUGUACGUCCCAAAUUGGUUUGCAGUUGAUCUUAAACUAGGGAUGCUUAGUAUUCACUUGGAAGAGCCAGAAUGCUUUUAUGGAUGGAUGGCGGCAAAAGAUGUGGCAGGUUUUAACGUUGUGGAUCCAGUAGCUAAGGUAAACUAUGGCAGUGUGAUGUUGCAUGUGUUGCUGGAGCAGUGGCCUGUAACGCAGGAGAAAUUAAUUGAACCACCAAAUGAAACAGGAGAGCCAAACCCUGCAGCGCAGGUGAAACCAAAAGGGAAUCAAUAUUUUAAAGUUCCACCACACAUCCCUGUGAUAUUUAGUGAGGUAGGGGGGAGGACGUUGUUUCGGUUGCUAUGUGGAGAUGCAGCUGGAGAAACAGAAGGAAUGCUCCUACGUGAGACUGUACCACACUGGGUCCUGCAAGCAGUAACGGAGAACAAAAUCUCGGUGCCCUACAUAAAGAUUUCGUUUUACCUCCAACCCCACCCAUCUUCGAAGAUCAAACCAUUAAAAAACGUGAACAAUAAACUUUCUGCCAACGACCUUUUGUCGAUGGCCAAAGUAAUGGAACAUGUGCAUGAGAAGAUAUUAUGUUCGGAUGAUGCUUCACAAGCUUCCGCUAACGGUGGAAGCAGCUCUACUGCUGAUCCAACUGAAAACGCAGAGAAAACGGCGUCUGAUUGUUCUGAAGAUCAAGCAAAAGCUGCUGUUGCUGUUUCAGAGCAUAACCUGGAACUCUUGUGUAGUGAUAUGAUUCUAAAUCCAGAUUGGAAUCUCAGGACUGUAAAAUUUCUUAUAUGGAAAGGCAAAGGGGAUCUAAUACUGCACUACCGGCUAAAAAAUUAAGUUCUGAUAUUUUAAAUUUAAACCUUAAGAUUCAAAGCUUCAUCACUGUACUGAACUGCUGUUUAAAAUGCAGUAGAUUUCAAAUUAUUUUUGAAUCCCACUCAAAUUACUAUUAACUAUCAGUACUAUGUAGUAAUACUGGUAGUAGGAUUUCAUUAAUUGGGUUGAUAAAAUUGUAAACAUUGUAAAUUUGAUUUAAUAUGCUACCAAGCAGUGUGAUAUGUUUUUCAAACUUCAAAGUGUGUGGUUAUGUGGUAAUGUGGUAUAUAACAAUUGCAAUAUAUUUAUAUACAUAAAUAUAUAUAAAGUAGAAAAUAUAUAUCAUCAUAAUUUGAAAAUGGCACUGCCGAUUUCUUGUGUUAUCUUAACAUAGUGGCAUAGUGACAGUGACAUUCACAUUAUUAUACAUAUAUAUAAUUUUUUGGUCAAUGCCAAAAUGUGACAAAAACCGAACAGUGAAAUCAAUGUUGACAUUUGUAAAAGUUUUUCCAAUAUUGUUUACUAAUAGUACUCAUCACAACUAAAAAGCCUUCCUGGAACAUUUGCAGCAAGUAAUACAAGUGCCAUAGUCUUAUUACCAGUUACUACAUAAUUACAUCGUGGUAAAUUAAGAAAAUUGAGUUAAAUUAGCAUUUAGUAGUCUGGUACUAUGCUAGCAGUGUUACCAUACAAUUACAUUGCCUGCAAUUAACUUGUUGUAACACGGAAAAUAUCAAAAUAAUAUAAACUUAUUCAUUUACUUUUCUGCUAAUUUCCACAUUUGACAAAAAUAUAAAUAUAUAUAUGUUAUAUAUAUAUUCAAAAAACGUUAUCCUAUACGUAUGCUGUAAUUUUCAUUUGUAAAUUAUAAUCCAAAACUUUAACAACCAAAUGGUUGUGCAGCAACUGUAACCAUACUUUUUAAAACUGUCUAAGUGCGAAAUAAAUUUA